CUUUCUCAUAUCAUAUCAUAUCAUUCCAUUCCAUUCCUCUACUUUUUCAUCCAAAUAGUCUCGGUAUAUAUCUCUGUGUAUGUGCCUAGCUAUUUCUAGCUAGAUUAACAGUUUAUUCAAUAGUACAAGUUUUCAUAAACUUCGCAAAAACUUAUAUUUCGAUCAGAAACAACCAUGUUAGUAUUCAAGAAGCUCGAUAUGGUGGUUCUGGUGGUGGUGAUGCUAUCUAUUGCAGUUUCGCCAUCAUUAUCACAAGAACAACGUCCUGAAUUUCUCUACAAUGGCUUCAAAGGUGAAGCUGCUAAAUUUAGAUUUGAUCAAGGCGUAGCAAACAUCACAGAUAACGGCUUAUUGAGGUUAACAAACAACUUAAACGGCACCUAUCAAAUAGGUCAUGCUUUCUACACUCGUCCAUUUCAAUUCAAGAGUACUACUAUUCAACAAAAUUCAUCUACAUCAUCGUCAAAAGGAAAUACUUCUAGUUCUGGUGGUAAUGUUUUUUCCUUCUCUACUACAUUUGUCUUCUCUAUAAUACCGGAAAUUGAAGGUGUAAGUGGUCAAGGGAUUGCUUUUGUUAUUGCACCUAAAGGAGAGCUACCAGGAGCAAGACCAAGCACAUAUCUAGGCUUGUUUAAUUCAACAAACAAUGGAAAAUCUACAAACCAUGUCCUAGCUGUAGAAUUAGAUACCAUCUAUAAUACAGAUUUUGAUGACAUAAAUGGUGAACAUGUAGGAAUCGACGUCAAUGACCUGAAGUCUGCUAUAUCCAAACGUUCCGAGUACACAGAUGAUAACGGAAGAAUUCACAAGAUUAGCCUCAUAAGUGGGGAACCCAUUCAAGUUUGGAUAGAUUAUGAUGGGGUUGGGAAGAAACUUAACGUCACGUUAGCGCCAAUUUACGUUCUUCGUAAACCCAAAACUCCAUUAAUCUCUUUCGGCCAUGAUCUUUCAAACGUCAUUAAAGAUUCUAUGUAUGUUGGUUUCUCAUCAUCUACCAGUUUUAUACUAACAUCUCAUUACAUAAUGGGAUGGAGCUUUAAGGUUAAUAAUGGAACAGCCGAACCCCUCAAUCUCAACCAACUUCCCCAGCCUCCUAGAAAAAAGUCUUCAAAAUCAAAACUCUUCGGAGUUGAAUUACCAAUAAUUAUCCCAGUUAUUUUGCUAACAUUUAUCAUUGGCAUCCUAGUCGUCGUAAGAAAAAUCAGAAACGAGAAAUUUGAAGACCUGGUGGAGGACUGGGAGCUCGGUUAUGGGAGGCAGAGGUUCUCAUAUAAAGAUCUAUACAUUGCUACAAAGGGAUUCAAAGAGAAAGAACUUCUUGGCAUCGGCGGCUUCGGUAGGGUUUACAAAGGUGAGUUGCCAACUUCAAAAACUGAAAUUGCAGUUAAAAGAGUCGCUCAUAAUUCGCAACAAGGAGAACGGGAAUUUAUCGCAGAAAUCAUUAGCAUUGGUCACCUUCGACACCGAAAUUUGGUACAGCUCUUGGGAUAUUGCAGGAGGAACAGAGAACUACUUCUGGUCUAUGAGUUCAUGCCAAACGGAAGUUUAGACAAGUUAAUCUUUCGCCAUUCGAAUUCAACCUCAACGUUACCAGUUCUCAGUUGGAACCAAAGAUUUCAAAUUAUCAAAGGUGUAGCUUGUGGAUUAGUAUAUCUACAUGAAGAGUGGGAACAAGUUGUGAUUCACAGGGAUAUCAAGGCAAGUAAUGUUCUAUUAGACGGUGAAAUGAACGCAAGGCUAGGCGAUUUUGGGCUUGCAAGAUUAUACAAUCGUGGAACUAAUCCUCAGACGACAAAUGUGGUUGGAACACUGGGUUAUAUAGCACCAGAGAUGACUAAAACCGGAAGAUCAACAACAAGCUCGGAUGUUUACUCAUUCGGUGCUUUCUUACUCGAAGUUGCUUGUGGCAGGAGACCGAUAGAGAUGCAUAAAUCCGAGACGGAAGAGGGUGAAGUUCUUGUUGAUUGGGUUUUAUAUUGUUGGAGAAGCGGUAGAAUACUACAAACAAGUGACCCAAAUCUUAUGAAUGAAUAUGUAAACGAAGAGAUGGAAUUGGUGUUGAAGAUAGGAUUGUUAUGCUCACGUAAUAACCCAAAGGCUAGACCAAGCAUGAGGCAGGUGAUGCAAUAUUUAGAUGGAGAUGUGCCUUUGCCUGAAACUGAGUUAUGGGGACUUGAUUAUGAUGACCCUUCCAUGUCGUCUAGUUGGGGCGAGCGUCCAUCCCAUGCCAUCGAAAUGGUGUCUCUUACAACGAGUAGUCGAUCGACGUCAGUUGCAGAAUCACUCCUUUCUGGUCCAAGAUAAUAAUAGUAAUCGAUCAUUAUUAAUGAAUGUAAUUAACUGUAAUUAUGCCUUAGCUACUAAUAAUUGAUUUCAAUUCCCUUCUAAAACCGUUAUCUUCCAAAAGAAUUGAUGUAACUCUAAUUUAUGAUCAUUCCUGUCUUGUUUAUAUAGAUCAUAAUCAAUAAUUAAUGAGUAUAGUUACGUAGACUUUUCUUCAUUA